GCAAACCAGCACUGCACAUCACAUCUUCAGCUCACGAUUUACGAAAAACAGCUCGAAGAACAAUUUCCAAUAUCCAGCCAACAUGGAUGUAUAUGUGAUGAUACGCAAACAUAACAGCACAAUACUUCUCGAUAUUAAAGAAAACACCACAAUUUAUGAUUUGAAGUGCAUGAUAGCGCCCCUCUUGAAUGUUCGACCUUUCGAUCAGCUAUUAUUUUCUAAGGAUAACAAACAGAUGAUGAAUUCGGAUAAGUUGAAGGAUUAUGGCAUCAUAGCUUCGAUUGCAACACCGCAGGAACCUGUACAAUUGAGUCUCGUUGUAAGAGACGACGAGGGGGAUUUUAAUCCAAUUGAUAUCACACCAUAUUCCGAACCACCGCCAUUACCAAUAGUUGGGCCCACAGAGGAGAAGGAAGAAGAAGAAAUGGUUAUUGAAAGUUUAAUACUAAGAGCAACUGAAACCUCCAUGUUCAGUGCCAGACCGACUUCGGUUGAAGAACAAUAAUUGCCCAAAAAAAUACUGAGUUAACGGAUUUAUGACAUUAAAAGAUACUUUAAGUGGAAUUAAAAUAAUAAUUGAGCUAUAAUACUUAGUAUGGAAUGGAUUUGGUGCUAACUUCUGGAACAGUUUAUUUUAUAUAUAUUGAAGCUAUAACUCAAUGAUGUCCGCAAAAAGUUUCAAGAGGUUCAGAAUUAAUAUCACCCGAUUAUGCAGUUCGAAAUAUGGCUUCAUUACAACUCCAGUUGCCUGUUUCUUUUAUUUUGUAACUGACUUGUUUACUGGGAAAGAUUGGAGGAAAUCAUUCAACGUCACUUACAACAUAUUUAAUAUAUUUUGUAAAUUAUUGGAUUGGAAAAAGGCGAUUAUUUUCAAACAAAUGUUCAUGGUGAUAAAAGUUAGCAAGGGUUAGGUAAAUUACAAUUUUUACUACAACGAAUGCCUAUGGGUUGUGUAAAUAUUUUUCUAU